AUGUUUCCAUCGCUUCUACGCUCUUUAUCUCGACUCGGACGGACAUGGAAGCCCCGCGAAUUCUCCAAUCCGAACUUCGUCCGGAUACCUGCCAGUCAGAAGAUCGAAGAAGAAACCAUCCCAGAUUAUGUUGCUUCGCGGUAUUAUCCUGCUCGAAUAGGAGAGAUUUUCAAGGACCGAUACCAAAUCGUAGGAAAACUAGGGUUCGGAACUAGCUCGACUGUAUGGCUUGCUCGGGAUAUGAACCGUUGUCGUUAUGUUACCCUCAAGGUCUUCAUCAAGUCUACAUCCAUGGGUCAGCAAUUAGACGACGAGCUCAAGAUGUACCAACGCAUGGAGAGAGCCCCGAAAAGCCACCCAGGUCGCAAGGCUAUUAGAUCGUUACUCGACUCGUUUGAUGUCGAUGGGCCCGACGACAAACACCGAUGCCUCGUGCAUCCUCCAUUAUGGGAGAGUGUUUUGAUGUUUCUGCACCGCAACCCAGUCUACAUCAAGGCCGACAACAUCAUGCUUGGCAUCGCCGAUGACUCGGUUUUCAGUGACUUUGAAGAGCGGGAGCUUCAAACUCCCUGCCCGAGGAAGGAGCUAGAUGGAAGAAUCAUCUACGUCUCCCGGGAACUCCGAAUGCCCAGGGAAUGGGCCGCCCCGGUCCUCUGCGACUUUGGCUCAGCAAUGUCCAGUGGCAUACAGCACUCAGAAGACAUUCAACCUAAUAUCUAUCGAGCACCGGAGGUGAUUCUGGAAGUUCCCUGGACGUACAGCGUCGAUAUAUGGAAUGUGGGAUGUAUGAUUUGGGACCUUUUUGAAGGGGAGUCCUUAUUCACUGGCCACGACCCAGAACUUCAGACAUACCGAAGUCGAGCUCACCUUGCUGAGAUGAUCGGUCUCCUUGGGUCCCCGCCGCUCAGUCUUCUUGCUCAAGGGAAGCUGAGCAGCAAAUUCUUUUCCGAUGAAGGCGACUUCUGCGCUGGAAUUCCAUUACAAGAUCGGAUUCCGCUCGAGGAGAGGGAAACCACUCUCGAGGGACAGGACAAAGCGAUUUUUCUACGCUUUAUGCGGAAAAUGUUGCAGUGGGAGCCGGGGAAGCGUAGCUCCGCUAAAGAACUAGAAGAGGAUGAGUGGAUUCGUAAGGAUACAUGA